CAAUAAAUACAGGUACCCAGACAUGCCUACAGCUGCUGACGUUGUGAAUGCUUUAGAUCAGCAGGCACUUGCAUCCAUCCUAAGAGCAUACGGGGAGGAGAAGCAUGCCAAGAAAAUUGCUUCAGCAAUCGUUCAAGCACGUAGCAUAUACCCCAUCACAAGAACCCAGCAACUUGCCAGCAUUGUUGCAGGUGCAUUUCCUCCCUCUGCUAUUUAUGCACGAAAAGACUUGCUACAAAGAUCUACCCAUAUCGCUACCAAGACUUUCCAAGCUCUUCGCAUAUUCGUAAAUAAUGAGCUCAACGAACUCCACAUGGGACUGAAGACAGCUCAGAAGUUUCUGAAACCUGGUGGUCGCCUUGUUGCCCUUUCCUUUCAUUCAUUAGAGGAUCGAAUUGUCAAAAGGUUUUUGCUUGGGAUAAGCAUGACAGAAAAGUUUAACUUAAGUGUUAGACAGAAGGUAAUACAAACAUCCCAGUUGAGUUCAUAUCAUGCAAAUAAGGAAGGAAGCUCUAUAAGAGCUCCUUUAAUGUGGGAAUUGAUACAUAAGAAAGUGCUUACUCCAGAAGAUUGGGAUGUACAAAAUAACCCCAGAGGUCGCUCAGCCAAGCUUAGAGCAGCUAUGAAAUUAUGAGAUCUGAUUUUCAAUUUUUCCCUCAGUUUCUUUAAUUUAUUUGUCUAUGUGAUGAAUAGGUUAAUACCUCCAGCUUAAAGCAUAGRACAGCCUUGAAAUUGAUAGUAUUUAAAAUUAUUUUCUUCUCAAAAGAAACUGUAGGAAGUUUUAACAUAACAUACAAAGCUCAACUCAGAGCAGCAGCAUCUCGGGGCUGGAAAAAAUGUGUUUAUCUCUCAUUAUAUUUGACUUCUGWAAUUCAGUUCUUUCUCUGAGUAGGAAAUUUUUUUAAAAAACAUUAUUUUUAUCUAAAUAUGUAAACUCCAACUGUAAAAGAGAAAGAGAUUAUAAUCUCUCUGCAUGCCCUAAAUUCUGAAUUUAGAUAUUAAAAUUUAUAACAGACUUUCUGUGGCUCAAAUAAUUAAUGAUAAUAUGGAAUGAAUUUUAAUUUCCAUAUUGGUAAAUAAUUAAUUACUGUAGCUUUCUAAAAGUAGCCUUUUUACAAGUUUUAAUUUUCAAAUAUUAUUUUAAAAUGGCAUUAUACUUACAGAUUUCACUAUUGAAAUUUAUAGUUCAUUGCUUUAAAAGGAUUUUUUCAGAGUGAUAUGUGCUAAUUUUCAUAAAUUCCAAAAUAAACGUGUAGAAUUUCCCUAACUGCCAUGACAGAGAAGUGUUUCACAGAAUUUAUAUUCAAUAUCAAUUAUAUCUAUUUUAACAACUCAGAAUUACUAUWAGUAAAUAAUACAAACUUGUUUGAAUUCUGCAUUUUUAUUGAACUAUUAAAAAGAAUUCAGUAGAGCUAUUUGAAGUAAGAAACUGUCUGAUUUAUUCAACAUAUUAAAAUUAAUGCUCCCUUAAUGUUUCUACCUAGACAUAGAAACUAUAAUAARGAUAAAAAGUUUUUUCAGGAAAAUUGCACUUGGUGGAGUAUUCUAUAACAAAUUGAUGAGAUUGAUUCAUAAUUCACAUGCCAUUUUUUAUUAGUAAAUAUGCACUUCUAAUUUAUUCAGUUAUUCAGCAAGUUCUGAACUUGACAUUAGAGAAACAAACGUAAGUAUAAUACCCAUGAUCCAUWGUACCUGUUCUGUGAAGCUUGUUGUCUAGUGGACAAGAAUGAUGUUAGUUAAAUAAUCACAAAAGUCAAUAUGAAAUGGACACAGUGAUAAAUGUUACACAGAAGCAUACAAUGUAAUUUAAAAGUAUCUGGUAGAGAUUUGACCUGUUGGAGGAAACCAGGUCUGAKAAUGUGAUUGAUUGUGACCUGAAAGAUGAACAGGAGAUAAUUAAUCAAAGGGUAUAUGGAGUGGGGUGGGAGGAUGGUGUUUAAAGGUACAUAUAAAUGAGUAUUCUCUUCAGUAAUUCUUGAAAUCAUUAAUUUUCUCAGUAAACUAUUUCUUCAAAUACAGAAAGCAUUCAUACUUUCCAGUAUGAUUACAAAUACUUAAUAGAAAAAUCCAAGUGAAUGAAAUAACAUCACUAUAUUUACCUCAGACUCAUUUUAUUUACCUAUGUAAUAUUUAACUUUACUCCCCAAACUUGUUCACUGCUUUUAUUUUAUAGGCUUUAUUUAAAUCUAAACAAUCCUGCAGUGAAAUCAGGAUUAGAAAAAUAUCUGGGGAAUGUGCUCAAAAUACAAACAAGAGAAUGCACUUAGGUUAAUCCCCUGAAUCCUACCUGAAGAAUUUUAUGUUUCUCUUCAUGUGUAAAAUAUAUUUGUAAAUGAAAAAGAUUGACAAUAAUAACUUCCCAUAUGAGUAUCUGAUUAGAAAAUAAAAGACCACACUCUYAUAUUAAAAAAUGAUUCACCUAUUUCAUUAAUCAUUUUUACAUCCUGUAUAAUAUGGAGAAUUUUUUCAUUGAUGUCAAGUUAAAACUGAUUGCACUGGAUUGGAUAGUGUUGUCCUAAUAUUCAUCUGCUUCCUUAUUUGGAAAUACCAUCAUUUCAGAUAUGAGUAGUUAAGAUGAUGUCAUACUGGAGCAGGGAUGGCCUUUAAUCCAAUGUGACUUAUGUCCUUAUAAGAAGAGCAGAGACACAAGAGAAAGCYACCUGAAGGUGGAAGCAGAAAUUGGAGUGAUAAGUCUAUAAGCUAAGGUAUACUCAGGUAUUGUUGGCAACCACUAGAAGAUAAGAGAAAAGCAAAAAACAAAUUCUCCCUCAGAAUCUCCAGCAAGAACCUACCCUGCAGACAUCUUGGUUUGGGGGCUUCUAGCCUCUAAAACAGUUAAAAAUACAUUUCUACUGUUUUAAGCUACCCAGUUUCUGGUAAUCUGUUACAGCAAAACCUAAGAAACUAAUACUCUGACAAAUCAAAAUCUUGAGUAAUAUGAUGAGAAAAAUACUUCUCCAAUACACACCAAAUUGGUUUCAAAAUGUUUUAGUGCAAAAUAUAUUAAAUGUUUUGUUAUUAGGCUUUGUUGUAAAAUACAUAAUAAAMUAUGUGAAUGAGUUUUAAAUGGUUAAUUAUGGAGGAUGGCUUUGGGAAAUUCAAACAAUACACAGAGAAAAUAAAAAUUGAUUAUUAGGAUCAAUAUGCAACACUUUUCUAAUAAAAUAUUUCAAUCUCUAUAUUGACUGCUUUGU